AUGACACUGACAAGCGUCGAAAGUUGGAAUACGGUUGGCGAUGCCGGAGCGCAGGCAAUUGCUGAAGCUCUCAAGGUGAACACAACGCUCACCCAGCUCGACCUGCCGUACAAUCAGAUUGGUGAUGUUGGAGCGCAUGCAAUUGCUCAAGCACUCAAAGUGAACACGACGGUCACCAAGCUCUACCUGCUGCGCAAUCAAAUUGGUGAUGUUGGAGCUCAAGCAAUUGCUGAAGCACUCAAGGGGAACACAACGCUCACCCAUGUCAACCUGUUCCACAAUCACAUUGGCGAUGCUGGAGCGCAAGCAAUCGCUGAAGCACUCAAGGGGAACACAAAGCUCACCAAGCUCUAUUUGGGCUGGAAUAGGGUUGGUGACGCUGGCGCUCUUUCCAUCUCAGAAGCACUUCAGAAGAAUACGACCUUGCGAAAUCUCAAUCUGGCGGAAAAUCGGAUUGGUUAUGUGGAGGAAACAGUCUUGCGCCACAGUAUCCAUCCAACCUUUCAGUUACACAUUGUGAAUCAGCGUCGAUCUGGUUCUGUUCGAUGCCAGGAAGUUCGCGUGGUCGUGCUUGGCGAUCCUUCCGUCGGCAAGACCUCGCUUGUUCGGGGAAUCGCCGACGGAUACGUGCGACAGGCGUUCUCCAAUAUGUUCAGCAUUGCCAAUUCCACCGAUGGCAUUGACAUCUCGACAGUCGUUCUGCGCAAGACAGUCGUUCUGCGCGAGACAGUCGAUCUGCGUGAGGAAGACGAAUCCAUGAUUUUGAUCGUUUGGGAUUUCGCUGGUCAAGAAGUCUAUCUGGUUUCGCACCAGUUCUUUCUUCGUGAACGAACAGUCUACCUGGUCUUGUUUGACGUGCGUGAAGACUUGUUCCUCAAUUCGCGCCUUGAAUUUUGGCUACGCAGCUUGCACGCUUGCGUUCCCAACGCCGAUAUCAUUCUCGUUGGAACCCACAUUGAUGAUCCGUCGUACACUUCGGAGCGGCAGCAAGAGCAAAAACAAAAUCUUGCCAGUCUGUUCUAUAUCUUACACGAAUCAAGUGUCGACUUUAAUGUGCGUUCGACCGUCUACAUCAACGCACGGAACUCUACGGGGGCCCCGAGCAUGCCGGAACUCAAGACUGCAUUGUUUCGAGCCGGACAAAAGAUGCCGUUUUACAAUCAACCGGUGGAUGGCCGGUACAUCCGGUUCAGAGACUCUCUACGGAAGCGAGCCGAUCAGUUGACCGCCCAAAACAAACCACCCCUCUGUCGAUGGCAUGAAAUGGUCGAGCUUGGCCAGUCACUGCGUCUCAGCGGGCGAGCAAUCGAUGCGUUCAUGGAGCUCUUGCGUUUUCAAGGCUGGGUCGUUUUCCAUCGUCUCGCCAAUUCAGCGACCCCAGACACGUCCAAUGUUCCCGCGCUGCAACCUGCUACUCUCCUCGCUUCGUUGGACGAUAUAGUCAUCUUGAACCCUCAAUGGUUCACGAAAACAGUCCUGACUGGAGUUAUUACCCAGAAGCCUAAAGAUCGAUGGGUCAAGGAUGGUAUCGUGACUCGCAAGGAUCUGCUUCGAAACGCUUGGAAGGGCAUCGAUUCUGCGAUUUGUGAUCAGUUCGUGCUGCUCCUUCAGCGAUACGAGCUCUUGUACAAGAUGAGCGAGGGCGAUGAGCCUGGAACCGAUUCUGCUUCAAGCGCCGAAACUCGCUAUGUCAUCCCUUCGUACCUCCCAGCCUACAAAGCCGACCCGAACGUAUGGUCAUUGAAGCCUGAAGCGAGCGAGCCGCAUGAAGUUGCCAUUGUGAUGGAGACCAAGUUUCUGCUGGAGGGGUUUUUCGCGAGGCUGGUUGUGCGCUUUCACGAGCGGAAAUUCCGUUUGACGGCGUGGAAAGAUGCUGUUCUGGUCAAUUAUGGCGGUCCUCGAGCACUGCUACGUGUUCAUCGCAACGCUUCCAAUGUGCGCCUUGAGUUUACCGCUCGCGGGAAGCAUCCAGAGGAGCUGCUGCCAACCCUGAUUGAGAUAUUGGACAAUCUCAGCUCGGAUAGGUAUCCUGGAAUUUCAUGGGAAACUUAUCUGCGCUGCCCCAUGCACCAGCCUGAUGACAAUCGAGAAUGCAAGUUGACGCUGCGACCUCAAGUUCGUGAUGCAGUUAAUACCAAAAUGACCUUGUCUUGUUCGCACACGCACAUCACGUUUCCAAAGGAGGAAUGGCUUCCAGUUCUCAGCUCGCUUUUGCAGCGUCGCUUGAACGCUGUUUCGCAACCCACGCCGGAGGAUGUCAAGGCGCUGCAGGAACUCGAGCCGCAACCGGCACCGGCGAGCGAGAUCCAAACAGCAGCCACGCAAGUUGCAUCACUUGUCGCAGCUCAACUGCAAACGCAGCUUCAAGCUUUUGCGACUACCAAUGCGCAACAUUUUACCAACUUUGCGACUGAAGCAGCAAGGAACUUGAAGAGUUUCCAGGAGGCUCUGGACGUCGUCUUUGGAUCAAUUCCAAACGAGGUCAAAAGUAAUUCUGUCGAGUUCGACAAAGUUCUGAAGCGCAUUGAUGAGCUUGCCGACAGCUUGAUUUCGCGGCUGGACACGGCAGAAUCUUUGCAAAAGGAGCAGAAAGACGAAAUCGCUCGUUUUUUCACGAGUCAAGUCCAAAUGCAGCUGGACUUGCUGGACAAACCAUGCCCGUUGUUGUUUGUCGUGAUGCCCCCGGCUGCGACCCGGAACUGGUUUUCCAAGCUCAAAGAACUUUACAAGUCACGCCACACUGCGCACCUGCUGUGCGCUCACAUGGGUACCAACAACCAGCCCGAGUGGCAUCGUAUCGACAGUCAUCCCGGCUACGAAAUUGCCAAGUUUUCAAAGUGGCUGAAAAAGUAUGGCCCCCGUGUUCGCAGCCUGCUUGAGUUUGUGCGUCCGUUCCUGAAAGCAGCCAGUUUGGCUCCUGGUGGACCAGAUGUAACGGAUGCGGUUGAUUCAGCCAUUACUGCUUUGGAAGACCCGCUCGAGGCUCUGCCCUACUUGCAAAGAUUGCUCGACCACGCUGACGAUCAGAAAAAGAACGACGAGUACAAGUCCUUUGCCGGUUUGGAGCGAGCUGUUGUGCUCAGCACGGGCGAGGUUCGUUGGGUCUGUCCGAAGCAUGCGCAAGAGCCCAUCUAUCGCACCAGCUCCAUUUCGAGCAGCUCGUCCGCCGGGUCCUCGAGCAAUGCUACAAGCAGCUCUUCCAGUGGCAACGUUGCGAGCAGUUCCUCCGCGCCAUCCAUUUCAACACCGUGA